UCUCGCGCUGGCUGGCCUGAGCUCGUGGUACACCCUGAAAAAAGUGGAAUAAUGACAUAGGAACCGUCAAAUUAUCAAAUAACAACGAGCUGGUUAAGUAAAAGCCUGAAUUGGAGGUUAGUGGAGAGCAAAAAAACGGCAGAAGUGAGCGUGGUGGGAGGGCGGGCCACCUGUGACGGCACAUGAGAGGAGAGGAGCCUCGAGUCAGUCCGGCCGUUUCUCAAAAGAGGCUGCCUGCUUGCCUGCCAGUGAGUGUGUGUGUGUGUGUGUGUGUGUGUGAGAGAGUCGUGGGGUGAGUAUGUUUGUGUGAGCACCUGUGCAUGUGCAUACACCCUGGUCGGAGAGUGUGUCCCUUGAGACGCUCAGUGGAGAUGCAAGGAGCUCUAUCCUCUGCAGCGCGGCUCCUGCUGCUGAGCUGCUGUGUGUGUGCGGCAGCUGGCUACCCGUUCAGAACGCCCCUGGAUCUGGAUGUGACACCACGCAUCACCGUGUUGAGCAGCGGUCUCCAGGGCUGCAGACGUUUCCAGUCCUCCACAGUUAACUACAGCACCAUGUUGCUGGAGGCUGACAGUGAGCGUCUCUAUGUCGGGGCCCGGGGGGCCGUAUUCGCUCUCAAUGCCUCUGACAUUUCAGCCAGCUCUGCUCUCACUAUUGAGUGGGAAGCCUCCCCCGAGCAAAAACGUCAGUGUCUGCUCAAGGGAAAAGACAAUAAGACGGAGUGCUUUAAUCACAUCCGCUUCCUUCAGAGGUUCAACUCAACUCAUCUAUACAUGUGUGGGACUCAUGCCUUCAGACCUCUCUGCGCAUAUAUAGAUGAGGAGAAGUUUGUUAUGUCAUCUCAGCCUGAAGAAGGAAGAGACAAAUGUCCCUACGGUCCAAUGACGGGCUACACUGCCCUAAUGAUCGACCAGCAGAUGUAUACAGCUUCACAGUAUGAAUUUAGAAGCUUUCCAGAUAUCCGCCGCAACUCUCCACCACCCACGCUGAGGACAGAAGAUGCCCCCACACGCUGGCUGAAUGAGGCAGACUUUGUGGGCUCAGCGCUGGUGAGGGAGAGUUUGGGCAGCAGCACCGGUGAUGAUGACAAGAUCUAUUAUUUCUUCACGGAGAGGAGUCAGGAGCAGACGACAACCUACAGCAACAGCAGGGUGGCACGAGUAGCUCGCGUUUGUAAGGGGGACCGAGGAGGCCGUUUAACUCUCCAGAAAAGGUGGACGUCCUUCCUCAAGGCCAGGCUGACUUGUUCUCUACCCGAGUACGACUUUCACUUCAACAUGCUGCGCAGCGUGUUUGUCACGCCUGGCCUCACACCGAAAGACACGCUCUUCUAUGGCAUCUUCGGCCUGGAGUGGAAAAACGUUAAGGCGUCUGCGGUGUGUCGGUUCUCUCUGUCUGAAGUCCAAGAUGCCUUUCAAGGACCCUACAUGGAGAACACAGACUCUGGGUCUAAGUGGAAGGAGUACACUGGAAAGAUCCCUGACCCACGACCUGGAACGUGUAUAACCAACGCUCUGAGGGCCAAGGGCAUAAACGUGUCUACUUCCCUGCCCGAUGACGUGCUGAACUUUGUCAGGAGGCAUCCUCUGAUGUCCAAGCCGGUGCAACCAUCAGACAGACGCCCCCUUUUAUUCAGGCGGACCACAGACUACACACACAUGGCUGUACACAUGGUCCAAGGCGUAGAUGGACGAACAUACCACGUGUUAUACAUCGGCACAGAUGAAGGCUGGUUACAUAAAGCUGUGGAAAUCGAAGGUCAGCUGCACAUCAUUGAGGAGCUUCAACCGUUUGAGGAACCCCAGCCUGUUAAUAACUUGCUGCUAUCUGCAAAACAGAUGAGCGUGUACGUCGGCUCUCCAUCAGGCGUGGUGCAGCUCCCCCUCUCUACCUGUCACAGAUACACCUCCUGCUACGACUGCAUCUUCGCCAGGGACCCUCACUGUGCCUGGAACGGAGCCCAGUGUGUGGACGUAAUGGCACAAGCAGACAGAUCCACUUUAAUCCAGGACAUCCAGCAAGGCAGCAGAGGAUGUGAAAACACACAAGACGAUGUUGUUGUGCGGAGCCGCUCUGUGCGUGUGGGUGAUGAUGUGCUGCUGCAGUGUGAGCUCAACUCCAACCUGGCGACGCCCCUCUGGACUUUGGAUGGCAGCGAGUUGCAGGGCUAUGGCCUUAACUCCGGCUUCAGAACUGGCACCGACGGCCUGCUGAUCAUCGAGGCCCGCCAGGACCAAAGUGGGCUGUACACCUGCUACGCUGUCGAGAACAACAUCAAGGUCCCCAUGGUUACCUACAAUGUCACCAUCCGUCUGGACCUGCCUCCUCCCCCACCUGUUGAACCAACUGAGGACCCUUAUAGUCUCUUCGCCACCCUGCCAGCGCCCACUGAGCGUCCCUCCUCCGAGAGGCCCCUGCCUCCACCCCCGGCCCCUCUUCUCCCCCACUCAGAGCUGCUCUCCCCCAGGAACAUGGAGGCCAUGUACCUGUCCCUCAUCACCAUCCUGGGAGGCCUGUGUGUGGUCCUCACUGUGGUCCUUGUCUACGUGGGCUUCUGCCUGCGAGUGGGCAACAGAGGAAAGUACUCAUUACGUGCCGCAGCUUCUGCGUACCCAAACAGUAAGAGACACAACAGGAACAGAAAACAACACAGAAACUCCUCCCACAUGGAGCUGAAGACCAUCUCAAGCCAUUGCAACGGCAACGGCAUUUCUAACGGCGUUUCAAAGCAGCAUAACGGCAACAUCCAGGAUGGAGGCUUCCUCCAGAUCGUCCCUGGUGAGGGUCACCCAUCACCCAAUAAGGAGCCUCCUCCCCCGGCCCCUCCUCUCCCACCAACCCCGCAGCGUCCCUCUACAGAAUGUGACUUCCCCAACGGGCUGUCGGCCACACUGCCCAGCGUCCUGAGGAGGAUGAACGGCAACAGCUACGUGCUGCUGAGGCAGAGUGAGUCUGAAAGCACAUCACCGCUCUGCUACUCCUUUGCAGAGGAACUCAACAGGAUCUUAGAGAAGAGGAAACACACUCAGCUGCUGCCCAGGCCGGAUGAGAGCUCUGUGUAGAGAGACAUAGCUCCCCCUGUGGUGGGAGGACUGCUGUGUUCUUACCUGGUGCUGAAGUGCCUGUCAUAUGACUCGUUAUUGUUGAGGACUCGAGCAAUGAGAGUCUUAACUACAUUCUUUACUUUGUUCUGUUGAGUUUUUUUGUUGUUGUUUUGAUUGAGAAAUUCAUUUUCUUUUGUUUUAACCUGUGAGCUGCUUGUCAAGCUUAAUUUCCAAACACAUAACACGUGAAAAUAAGAACUGCCACUGAAGGACCGGGCAUGAAAUGGAAACAAAGUGUAAUCUACCUCACCUCACUACCGCCCAGAAUGACUACUGCAGUCAGUCUGUAGUCCAGUCGGAGUAUCAGGACUGAGAUCUCAACUGCAGAAAGAUCCCUGAUCCACAAAGCACAAAGCAGAAGACACACACAGACUCCAACGAGAAGCAGAGCCCCAUGGGAAUAUAAAUACAUGUGAAGACUUCUGCUCUGUGGUGGCCGUAUUUGGCUCAAUUCAAACUGGAGGGCAGCUAGCCAAAGUUUGUUUGCACUGACAAGUGCACAGAUGGCCUAUGCAUUUUUAAACGUGACAUUCACACAUUAUAAAUAUUGAGGGAGAUGGACGUGGUGAGCAGAGGAAUUCGGUUUGCGAGGUUUUUCACUUUUAAUACUGACUUAAUCAAUUGCAAUAACCAACACAAAAAAAUACAAAGUAACUCAUGAUGGCACAUAACACUUUACACCAGCCAUCAAUAAGAAAAGGUGAACUAAUCAUUAUUUAAUAUCACUAACAAUCAUUUUUGUAAAUUUCUUAAUAUAUCACCUUGUUUUACAUGUAUUGUUAAUGACAUAGUAAUAUACCGUAUUUAAUUAUUAAUGAAUGAAAAUAUUAAUUAUUCAGAUAGUCUUUUAUAUGUUAUUAAUGGUAAGAAAUUAAAUUCAUAACCCUUGACAGCCACAGCUAAUGAUUUGUUGGAGUUAAACUUUUAAUUAUCACAAGAAUAUUUUCAAACAAAUAAGCAUAACUGUACUGGAGCCCUAAUUUAUGGCUGCAGCUGAAGCAAUCCAUUAUAUAUGGUUAAAAAUUGCCUUAUGGUGAAGCCGUAUAUUGGCUUUUAUUAUAAUUAUAACAUUUCAUCUCAUUUCAGCAGUUCCCACAAACAAGAAACAAGUGGCCAAUAAACAAAAACAUUUUUUAAAAAAUCAAGAAUAAACAAUUAAAUGAUGUUAUUUAACCUUUACAUAAUCAGAGAAAUAUUAAAUAAUGAUUAUUUCACCACACGUUAAUUGACAACCUGAGGAAAAUAUGACAGUAUUAUUUUAAUGCACUUUAAAUACCAGUUUUAAAGGAGAGGUAUUGGAUUGCUUUUAUGGAAUCUGACUCUGCAGCCUGUCAGGAACCAGAGGAGCUUUUUUAUUGGCCGCUUCUCAGCAUGAGGAGCUGCAGCAGUGAAGGCCGCAGCUUUGUCAGCUGGACAUCGUUUGACUCGAGUGGAUUAGAAGGAGAAAACUGACUGUGGCUCAUCUGAGCCUCAAUCCUCCGCUGAGUGACACCCUGCAUGAGACUGUAACGCAGAAUGACGGACUGUGAGGGCACAGCAUUCGCCAAAAGCAUCAGAGGUCUGAUGUGUACAGGUCAGUUUGAGUUUUUCUUAAUUUCAUUCCUGGGGAAAUCAUCUCUGCAACAGCGUCAGAUGGCAGGACCCGCUGCAAAGAUGUUUUUUUAAUGAGCAGUGAAAUGAAAUUCAGCAUCAUUAGUGGACAGCGGAGUCAGAAGAGAAAGAGAAGCUGGAUAAGGGCUACAACAUGAGUCUACAGCACCUCCAGCUCCGCGUCCUCUCAACUGGAAUGAAAAUUGUUGGCUGCACCGAGCAAUGUCUGUUCUGCAGACAACAACUCUCUGUGUGCAGAGAGCGUCCUCGCUUCUGUUUGAUGCAAACUUAGACCAAACUCAAUGUAUGAUGACCUUUUUCUUACACUUGCUGCAUGAAUUAUGUUUCGAACCUGCUGUGUUUUUCUUCCCUUAAAGUCAAAGAAACAAAGACUCAUCUUAAUAUUAAUGAAAAGUGCCAAGGUUGUUUAAAAAGAGCUUUGUGAGCCUAUUUUAUUGCAAAACCAGAAAAAAAAAAGAUUU